AAAAUCCAACUGUACCACUUCUUCGUUCAUAAUAAACAAAGCGUCAUUUCAAUUACAAAAAAUCAGUAAAUUAAUUAUUAUUCGUGAUUUUAAUUAAUUUAAUUCGUGGUUAAAACAAGCCACAACAAUUAUUCGAUUCGUAUUCGUAUAAAACGCACAUUCAAAUACCAUAAAUAUUCGUAUUGCAACAAAAUACUGGUACUAACCUCAAAAUUAAAUGUAUUCCGCCGUGUAAAUAAUAAAAACUUUCCGUAAACACAAUGAAAUCUUCCGACGAAAUUGAAAUCAUUGAUUCGAUAAUAAGCGGCAGUAACAUAUUCUUUAAAGAUGAGUCCCUGGACAUCGACUUUAGAAAUUGUCAACCGAUCAGCACCUGUAUGAUAUUCGAUUAUAUGUCUGGCGAAGCGGAAUCAAUUACCGGUGGUUCUGAAGGGAAAAAGAAUAAGAGGAAAUCAACUACACCAAAACGAACAGCCAAUGAAGAUAGAGUCACUGGCAGUGACGAUACCAAUGCGAUUCCGUGGAUAAAGCAGGAGAAUUUGGUGUCAACGGAAGUGACGGAAGUCACCGCUAAAAAGGACGAAACCAGCGCAGACAAAACUACGGCAGGCGCUGCACCCAGACCACAAAAGGCCCCAUCCAAAUCAAAUUACGAAUAUCUCUGCCAUAAUUGUAAUGUGUGCUUCUCGUCACGAGGCGAUUUUGAGUCACAUUACAGAAAUUCCUACCAAAAAACACCUCUGUACACGUGCAUACAAUGCAAAAAGCAAUUGCAAAAUAUUCGAUCGUUCCGCGGUCACAUCUACCGGCACAUAGCAACCUCCUAUCAACAUCAGUGUGCCACAUGUUCGCGUAAAUUCGGCAGUGCAGAAUUGUUGGAGCAACACCAGCGAAUUCAUCUGGUUGUUCAGCAAAAGUGUGUCGAUUGUGGAGUGGAAUUUUCUAGUUUUGAUGAGCUGAAACAACAUCGGCGAGAGCAUCGAACGGCUGAGAAAUUGAAAAACAAGGACUUGAAGUGGAAGUGUGUUGAUUGUGGUAAAAUGCUGAUGAACCGCAGCAGUCUGUUUAUGCACGAGAAAAUUCACAAAGACCGUCAAUACAGCUGUGAACAUUGUUCGCAAAAAUUCGUUCAGAAAAACAAUUUGCUCAACCACGUCAAAACGCAUACAAAAGAUAAGAAAUUCCCGUGCACCAUUCCACAUUGCGGUAAAACAUUUGUUGGCAAAUCUCAACUGUUGCGUCACCACACAUUUCAUGUGAACAUCAGAAAUUUCAAAUGUGAGACUUGCAGUAAACUGUACAAAUCAGAAAGGGAUCUGAAAGUCCAUUCGUUAAUUCAUUCCGUCCAACGGCCACACGCUUGCAUUCAUUGCAACAAAACGUUUCUCAGCAGUUCGAAGCUGAAGCAGCAUUUCAACAUCCAUACCGGCGCUCGACCCUACAAGUGCAAGUAUUGCCAAAAAGAUUUCACCAACUUUCCGAAUUGGCUGAAGCACAUCCGUCGACGACACAAAGUCGACCAUAAGACCGGCGAACAAUUGGAAGAAAUGCCGAAUUUUCUGAUCAAAGACCGAAAGGAGAAUAAGGAACGGAAUGGUGGCGCCGGUGGACGCGAAGAGAAUGGUAAACAAAGGAAAACCAAAAAGAAGCAAACAACCAAAAUACCAAAAAUCGAACAAACCGAUCCGGUGGAAGUGUCACUGACAAUGUCAUUGGAUGACACACUGCCGCUGAACACUUCGGACGAUCUGGAACGGGCUGCCUCGUUGCUGAUGCAGCAAACAUUGGACAUGGAAGAGAAUGAUCCGCGGUUCAACUGUUUGCCACAGGAUGUAAGUGAUAUUCCCGAGCAAAGUCUGUAUCAUGUUAACGACUACAUGACCGACCAAAUAAUAUUUUCAACCGCUAUUACCGAACCAAAUAUACCGUCGACAUUUGGCCAGUUUUUCUCGUAUUCGUCGGCACCAAUCACCGACGAUGAUCAGACUAAAAUCACGCUGCCGCCAAUAACCACAAUGAAAAACAAGCGAAAUCUGAUUGAUCAUUCCACGCAGCAAUUGUUUUCGACCAAUGUACUGUAAGUCUUGAGCAAUUUUCUCACAUUUUAUCCAUGUAUCGUCAGUCAAUUUCCAUUUACAUAAACAUGUGUGUGGUACGUGCCCACUUUUG